AGCGCAGGGGAUCGCUCGAUCGAUGCUGCCGCGCCGCCGCAUUCUCGCGCGGUGCUGCUCCUGGCGGCGAGAUUCGCGGCGCGACAACAGGCGCCUGUCCUGGGAGGAGCGCGCCAACGCAAUCUACCAUCGCGACAGGCACUUGGACAGGGCCGUGAGGUGCGAAUCGGCGGCCAACAUCGUGAGGAAGGUAAUGGCGGUGCUCGAGUCGCGCGACGCGAGCAUCAUGAGCCUGGAAGAUCUCUCGCGCUCCAAGGCCAAGCGGCGCAAGAAGGAGAUCAUCCGCGAGGUGGCCGCGCGCUUCCCUCUCGUCUUUAAAUUCCGGAGGGACGACGACGGCGAGUUUUGGGUGGAGCUCACACCCGCGGCCGAGGAGAUCUUGCGCCAGGAGCACGCCGCCAUCGCGCAGCACGACGACAUGGAAUCGCUCGCCAAGCUCAAGAAGCUCCUGAUGAUGGCGCGCGACCACCGCAUUGGAAUGGAGAAGCUCGGCCAUCUCAAGCACGAUCUCUUCCUCCCGGAGGAUUUCAAGCGCCGCUUGAUCCCCCAGCACCCGGAGAGCUUCCGGAUCGUCCCCGCCACCACCACCACCACUCCCAAGAGCCUGGGAUACGUCGAGCUCGUCGGCUGGGAGCCCGGGCUGGCAGUGACCGCUCGCGAGCUCUUGGCACCGGUCCAAGCACCCCACGCCUUCCAAGUCGAUGCUCGGGGCCAGCAGCUCGACCACCCCCGCGUCCAGCGCUUCCAGGAGCUCCCAUUCUUCUCGCCAUACGAGGACCCCGGGAGGAUCGAGUGGAAGAGCCUCGAGGCCGAGAAGCGAGCGCUGGCAGUGCUGCACGAACUCCUGAGCUUGAUGCCGAUGAAGAAGGCCGUCGUUGGUCGCUUGAAUCUCAUCCAAAAGGAGCUCCAGCUGCCGGCAAAGUACUUGCAUCUCGUCGGCCUCUACCCCUGGAUCUUCUACGUCUCCAAAGUCAUUCCCGAGAACAACACCAUCUUUCUCCGCGAAGGCUUCGACCGAUCCAGGCUGAGAGUCCCCAACCGGCUGUCCGCUGCCAGGGACGACCUCCUCCGCCUCAUGGAGACCGUCUACGAGAGAGAGCUCGGCGGACCACCUCGGACAGUGACGCUGGAGAUCGCCGACGAGGACAAGGAAGAUAUCGACGAUUUCUUCGUGGGUUUUCUUGGUAACCUCCGGGACUUGUAGGGCGGUAAGUUCU